AUGAGGACAAGGAAGCCUCCCUGCCCAGUAGAAAAAGUGUGGGUAGACAAGCACAAAUAUGAUGAAGCAGAGAGACUGCAUUACGAAAGAGAAGCGAUGCUAGCUGCUGCGGCCCCGGAGGAGUGCCAGGAGGUAGAGGCUGUAAAUGGAGUCUGCAAUGAUGACUCUGUUGAAAGUGAAUUCAAGGGAGACCUGAAGAGAGCGAGGAAUGGAAAGAAACAAAGGAAACGGAAGCGUUCUCCAAAACCCAAAAAUGUGGCCUCCAAGUUAGACUCUAUUCUGACUGGUUUGUUAGCUGACCACGUGUGGUUUGACAAGCCUUUCUAUGAUCAUGCUGAGAAUGUGUACAGGAAGAAAAUGGUGGAUUGUCAGAACCAGGAGGCGCCUGAGACUGCACUAACUCCAAGGAUGCUUUCAGCAGCCCUGCCCUGCUCCCAUGGUAGUCUGUCUGCGUGUCACCAUGUUGUUCAGGAUGUCUGGGUCAACAAGUUUGACUUUGAUAAGGCCGAGGAGGUGUUUAUCGAAAAAUCUCAGUUCUUUUUUCCUCCAAAUGUCCUAACCAUCCCGUCUGUGUGGUUAAACGCUGGCAACGUUGGGCUGAGAACGCCGGAUGAGGGCUAUGUUACAGCCCUGCCUACUCCUGCUACGCCAAGCUUAACGGUGAACGGUAAGCCGCAGAUUUCAAGCUUGCAGGCUCUCAUGUCAGAGGUGUGGUUAGAGAAACCUCUCUAUGAUGAUGCUGAGAAGAGCUUCUACGAGAACAUGUUUGACGGUCAUCCAUCGGGCAAAGUCAGACAGCAGCAACACGGGUGCCCCGAAGCAUUGAAGAACCACCACGAGGACAGGAAGAACCAUGGCGUUGGAAAGCAAACGGGCAUCAAACACGUGGAGAUUGCCACCAACUCUCUGCUUCCCAGUGAUGCUGAGCAGCCUCCGCCUACCUGCUUUUUUCUGCAUGAGGACAGUGAAACUGUGUGGCUUAAUAAGCCGACAUAUGACAGCGCCGAGUCACGAUACUAUGCAGCUGAGGCUCUGAAAAUGUCAAGAACAGGAGAGAAUACGGGGAUGCAGGAACCCACAGUAGUGAAACCCUCCCAACCAGCUGCUUAUGCUUCGAGUGAGGAUUCGGUGGUGCGCCUAGUGAAGCAUGGCAUGACCAGAAAAAUGGCAGUUGACUACUUUUUGCAUGAGAAGAUCUGGUUUGAGAAAUACAAGUAUGACGAUGCUGAGAGAAGAUACUAUGAGCAGAUGAACGGGCCAGUUAGCAGCUCUUCACACCAGCAGAACGGAGCCAGCACGAUCCUACGCGACAUUGCCAGAGCCAGGGAGAAUAUCCAGAAAUCGCUGGCCGGAAGUGCAAGCACAACCUCUUCUGGGCCUGCUGGUGACCAAAAUGAACUCCUUUCCAGAAUUUCUCACCUGGAGGUAGAAAAUCAAAACCUUCGCAGUGUUGUUGCAGACCUUCAGAUGGCCAUCUUCAAGUUGGAAAGCCGCCUGAAUGCUCUGGAAAAGUCAUCUACCUCCCACCAGCCCUCACCGGUUCCUCCAACCCAGCAUGUCACCCCAAUGAAGAAAGUGGAACCGUUCAGUGUUCCCUCCAAGAAACCAGCUGCUGCAGAGGAAGAUGACGAUGAUGACAUUGACCUUUUUGGUAGUGAUGAUGAAGAGGAAGACCAAGAGGCUGCCAAAGUCCGGGAGGAGAGACUGCGUCAGUACGCAGAGAAGAAGGCCAAGAAACCGGGUCUUAUCGCCAAGUCUUCUAUUCUUUUGGAUGUGAAGCCAUGGGAUGAUGAGACUGACAUGGCGAAGAUGGAGGAGUGCGUCCGGUCCAUCCACAUGGAUGGGUUGGUGUGGGGAGCCUCCAAGCUGGUCCCAGUAGGCUAUGGCAUUAAGAAGCUCCAAAUCCAGUGCGUAGUGGAGGAUGACAAAGUCGGAACAGACAUCCUGGAGGAGGAGAUCACCAAGUUUGAAGACUACGUGCAGAGCGUUGACAUUGCUGCUUUCAACAAGAUCUAGAAGCAAAACUGUAUCCCCUCUGAAACUGUUAACUAAUAAAGAUCAAGAUUGGGAGUGCAGAGUGGAUGAUGUUUUUUCUCUGCCAAGUGCAA